AUCAACUUAAAUAUGUAUCUAGUAUCUUGUAUCAUUAUGCAUCGCAUACUCCCAAUGUGAUCUUGCUGUCCGAUUUAAUGAUUUUCUGAGUUUCAACUGAGGCUGUGAGGUGUCCAAAAAUCGUUUAUAUUUAUCUACUAUUUGCUGAAUUUGAUUGGUCUUAUUGCUUAUUUGAAAUAUCUAGUUGUUCUCUCCAUCAGUGUCAGUAUUGUUGUUCUCUGUUAUUUAACAAAGAAUGAGUGUUUACUUUGUCACGUUUUUGUUCUAAUUUGUUUGUCACCUCAGCUUUUUGCAUGAUUAACAACAAUCCAUCCUUUUGUUAUCACUAGUUGGGCGUUUAAAAAUCGAGACUAAUGUACCUACUUGGGAUUCCUUAAUGGAGAAAUAUACAUCAUCACCCUCUCAACGUAAAAUUAUCCUUUCAAAAGGUGGCAACUAUUCACAGCCCAGUUUAAACCCUGUGGUGAUCCACAAUGAAUCUAUUAGUUCCCACAAUUACACCGAUUCAUCGGAGAAAUACGUCGGAUUGUGGCGUCCAAAUGUAUGUGAUCCAACUGAAAAGGUGGCUGUUAUUGUCCCGUACCGAAAUCGUGAUAUUCAUUUGCGUAUGUUUUUAGGACAUAUGCAUGCUUUUCUGCGUAACCAACUGCUUAUGUAUACCAUUUUCGUUAUAAAUCAAGACGGUGAAACUCAUUUCAAUCGUGCCCUUCUUCUAAAUGUUGGGUUUAUCGAGUCGAAACGGGUUACAAAUUUUGACUGCUUCAUAUUUCAUGAUGUGGAUUUAUUGCCUGAAGACGAUCGAAAUUCAUAUCGUUGUGCCAACCACCCGAGACACCUAUCUGUUGCUGUGGACAAGUUUAACUACCGUCUUCCUUAUCUUACGAUUUUUGGCGGAGCUGUGGCGUUCACCAAGAAACAGUUUGAAAAGGUUGGUGGAUUUUCAAAUAUGUAUUUUGGAUGGGGUGGAGAAGAUGACGAUUUAUACGCCAGAGUAGUCUAUCAUAAUUACAGCGUUAUGCGUUACCCUGAAGAAAUCGCUCGUUACAGAAUGAUUAGUCAUAAGAAAGACCCAAGUAAUCCGGUCAAUCCUAAACGUAACGAACUUCUGAAGGAUGCAUCAAGUCGCUUUAAAACAGAUGGUUACUGGAAUGCGAAUUAUACGCUCCUGGAGUCUUACCCUGCUCACAAUGGCCUGUUUUACUGGGUGUCGAUCACUCCAUAAAUGGGUGAGAAGAUUCAGCACAUUCCGAUUAUUUGUUCUGUCAUAGAAUACUCCGUAUACGAAGAUCACAUCGUUCACCGAAUUCCCCAUGAUUUUUUUUACUCAAUGACUUUUCCUACUUCUACUUUCGUUUUGUCCAGUUUCCAUAAUCUUUUCCAACUAUUAUUUUAGAUUUUGUAUAUUUUACACAAAAUGCUGUUCCAUUUUACUCAACGACUAAUUUCUGGAUUCAUAAUUUUUUAAAAACAAAUUAGACAAUCUGUAAAUGCUGUUUAGUUAAAAAAAAAAUUAUGUUGUAAUUGUUUACGUUUAUAUUUUACCGUUAGUUCCAUUGAUAAAAAGGUAGUUACUGUUCAAUUUUAAAGAUCUUCAUUGUAUGCCAUAGCAACAGGAGCAUUGCAAAAAAAAUCUGUUCCCAUAAUCAUCAGAUAAGACUAAAUUCUCCAUAGAUUUGUUUCUGUUACUUGUAUAGUUGUAAGAUUUUUCUUUGAUAGAUUAACAUUAUCAAUAUAAACAGCCAAAACUUAUAAUUGGCAAUUUGAUCGGAAAUAUAUUGAAAAAGCGAUUGGUCAAAUGUAAGUUGAUUGAUUGUAAUAUCGCUGAGUAUUAACUUGUUAAUUUAUUGUAAACAAUUAAUAAUCAGUAUUUCCUAUGUUUAAAAAAUAUCAAUGUUGAAUUGUGGAAGAAAUUUGAACAAGAUUGAUGGUGUUUAAUAUUAGUUCAACGUUUAAAAUACAUUAUCUUACAGUUGGGAUAUGAAUUUACUCAAAACCUUUGCCUUUUUUCUACACAGGUCCAAAUUAAUGGCUCUUAUAAAUAUUCAAUCAGCUUCAUAAUUUAUUAUUCUUGAUUAAAUUAACUCAAAUUCAACUCUAUUUAAUAUGCUUA